CCACUACGAUUUCACCCCCGCUGGCCGAGGGUCCUUUUCAACUCCCGCUCGACGAAGAAAGCGGACGGAUAGCGCUUUUCACAGCAGCCAGGGUUCUUAACUUGUCUCCGUAGUCGGAAUACGCAAGAUAGGCACUUCUGCGUCUUCUUUGUCAACAGCCGCCCUAACCAUGUCAGCAAUGUCCGACAUCGGAGGCCAGCUAAACCACCUCCACCUCAACUCCCCCCAUUCCACGCCCUCCCCCUCCGGCCACUCCUCCCCGCACACCCAACCACACACCCCCCAACAACUCCCGCAACCCAUCACCCGCGGCGAUGCCCGCGGUCUCGCCCUCUCCGAUUUCGUCAUGCUCAAAACCCUCGGCACCGGGACGUUCGGGAGGGUGUAUUUGACGAGAUAUAGGGACACGGACCGCUUUUAUGCGAUGAAGGUGUUGAGCAAGAAGGAUGUGGUGAGGUUGAAGCAGGUAGAGCAUAUUAAUAGUGAGAAGAAUAUUUUGUCAAGGAUUGAUCAUCCGUUUUUGGUUACGAUGGACUGCACAUUUCAAGAUGAUCGGAACCUGUAUAUGCUCCUAGAAUACGUCGUUGGAGGAGAGCUGUUUUCGCAUCUGCGGCGGGCAGGACGGUUCAGCAAUGACAUGACACGGUUCUACGCUGCCGAGAUUGUGCUGGCGAUCGAGUACCUUCACAGUAUGGAUAUCAUUUACCGCGAUUUGAAGCCGGAGAAUUUGCUUCUGGAUAAUCGGGGUGACAUCAAAAUAACAGACUUCGGAUUCGCCAAGGAGGUCCAGGACAGGACAUGGACAUUAUGCGGCACACCCGAAUACCUCGCCCCCGAAAUAAUCCAAUCAAAAGGCCACGGCAAAGCCGUCGACUGGUGGGCCCUCGGCAUCCUCAUCUUCGAGAUGCUCGCCGGCUAUCCCCCGUACUUCGACGACAACCCCUUCGGCAUCUACGAGAAAAUCCUCACCGGCCGCCUCAGCUUCCCGCCUUACUUCGACCCCGCCGCAAAAGACCUCAUCAAAAAACUGCUCGCCCCCGAUCGGACGAAACGGUUAGGCAACCUCCGUGGCGGCGCCGAUGACGUCAAGCAGCAUAAGUGGUUUAGGGGCGUGGAUUGGGCGACGUUGUUGGCGAAACAGGUGCCGUGCCCGAUUGUGCCGAGUGUCGCGGGGCCGGGGGAUACGAGACAUUUUGAGACGUAUCCGGAGGUGGAGGAGGAGGAGUCGGAUGGGAUGGAUCCGUUUGGACAUUUGUUUAGGGGCUUCUGAGCACCCAAAAAGUGACACUCUCAAUUCGCCCCAGUGCACCGACAUCGAUCGAAAUAUGCUCCACGCGCUUCUACCCCACAUAUCGCCAGGCGACUUUGAUGUCGGCGACUGGUUGAGACAUGGGGCUGCUGUCAUGAGCGGAUCGGAACCGAUCAAGGACUUAUCAACGCAUUGUGAGAACCCAUGACACACACACCAUCAAACCCACCACCACGCAUCGCACACGCACCACGCACGCACCACGCACCACACAGGGCACA